AUGUCACUCAUCUAUUCUGUCAUUGCACACCAAGCAGUCAUUCUAGCCGAGCAUUCAAACAGUAGCGGUAAUUAUGGACAAGUCACCCAAGCCAUUCUCGAAAAGAUACCUCCAAACAACUCAAAGUUGACCUAUGUCUAUGGAAGCUACUUGUUCCACUACAUUUGCGAGGAUGGUAUCACGUACAUGUGCAUGGCAGACAAUUCAUUUGGUCGUCGUAUCCCAUUCGCCUUUCUUCAAGAUGUCAAAGAAAAGUUUCUAUCAACCUACGGCAAGGAUCGAGUUCUGAAUGCUCGUACUCCCUAUGGCUUGAAUGAGUUUUCUCGCGUGUUGGCGAAGCAAAUGGAAUACUUUUCGUCCAAUGCAGGAUCCGAUAGGCUGAAGCAAGUCCAUGGAGAGAUCGAGCAAGUGAAGGAUGUGAUGGUGCACAAUAUUGAACGCGUACUUGAACGUGGCGAGCGUAUUGAACUUUUAGUGGACAAGACCGAUAACCUCAAUCAGCAAGCAUUCGCUUUCAAGAAGAGAAGCACCCAAUUGAAGCGUGCAAUGUGGUGGAAGAAUACCAAGCUCAUGAUCAUGAUUGGCGUACUACUCUUCCUUAUUGCAUAUUUUAUUGCUGCAUCAGUAUGCGGUUUCCCAGCAUUCGGAGACUGCCGAGGCUAA